AUGAGUCUUGCUAGCGAGAUUCAGCACCAGUACGGUGUGGAGCUCCCCUUUCUUAAUUGCACGUUCGAAGAGGCCCGACGUGAGGCUCAACGGCGUGCGUUGUAUCUUUUGGUUUAUCUUCAUUGCCCAACACACGAGAACACACACAAUUUUGUGACUGAUGUGCUCUCAAACCCGCAGCUACGUGAGGAAUUUGAGUCCCGCUUUUUGCUCUUCGGCGCCUCUGUGCUGGAGGCGGCGGGUCACAAGUUGGAGAUUGAGCUGCAGGCAACGACCUUUCCGUUUAUAGCUGUAAUUCUGAAGCGCAAUACUGUACUGAAACUCAAAGGACUCUACACUGCGGAGGAGAUCCUGCAGAACUUCCGCAUGAUGUUUGACCACUGGGACGGCACCCUCGCGCAGGAGAUCAGCGUGCGGCAGGAACGCGAAGAGAAGGAGCGCACCCGCCGCGAGGAGGAGCGGCGCACACUUGAGAUUGAAUCCAUAGAUCGCGAGCGACUGCGGCAGUACGACGAACGUGAACGGCGACGACGUGAAAUUGAGGCAGAACAGCAACGCAAGCGUGAAGCAAUGGAAGAACAACAGCGCGAAGAAGAAAGGGCACGCGCGGAGCAGGAACGUAGAGAGAUGGAGCAACGAGAACAGCAGCAGCGGGAAGAAGCGGAACGUCGCGCAAGGCGGGAACAAUUGAAAGCCAAAGCGCAAACACGACUACCGGUAGAACCACCAGGUGAUGCGGAGGCGUCAACUAUUGCGGUUAUAAGCCUCAAGUCAUUGUGCGGAGUACAAUAUCAACGCCGUUUUUACCGUAGUGACCCGCUACAGAGCCUGUAUGAUUACGCGGUAACAUUACAGGACUAUGACGGCACUAAUUUUCAGUUGGUGACAGGUUACCCACCAUGUGCAUUAGACCUUGAUAAGAAUUUGACAUUUAAUGAUGUGCCGGCACUUCUCCCCCGUGCUGUCGUAAUAAUGCGUAGCAUCUAG